GACCCUCCGUGUCGGAACGCGAAUGCGCAAUCCCCGCGAACCAAACGCUCCUUGGUUAUUAUAGUUCUACGAUUUUCCAUUCCAUUUCGUCUCCACUACCCCGUGUCUGCUCUGUAAGAAUCGCAACACUCUCAUCUGCUCACCAGAACUUCAGAUCGAUCGAUCGCCAUUGUUUUGGAGAGCAAGAAUGUUUAAAUUCCUGAAAGAUGUCGUUUCCGGAUCUGGUGCCGGCGUCAAGGAUUUGCCUUACAACAUCGGCGAACCUUAUUCCUCCGCUUGGGGAUCUUGGACUCACUCGCGCGGCAGCUCCAAAGACGAUGGGUCCCCGGUAUCAAUAUUUUCUCUUACAGGAAGCAAUGCCAAUGAUGGGCAUUUAGCUGCUGGUCGAAAUGGUGUCAAACGGCUUCGAACAGUCAGGCAUCCAAAUAUAUUGUCAUUUCUCCACAGUACUGAGGCAGAGAUAUCUGAUGGCUCUUCUACAAAGGUUAUCAUCUAUAUUGUCACCGAACCUGUUAUGCCACUGGCAGAAAAGAUCAAGGAAUUAGGAUUACAAGGUAUACAAAGGAACGAAUAUUAUGCUUGGGGCCUGUCUCGCAUAGCCAAAGCUGUGAGCUUCCUUAAUAACGAUUGUAAACUUGUGCAUGGUAACGUUUGUUUGGAAAGUGUAGUGGUUACUCCAACUUUGGACUGGAAAUUGCAUGCAUUUGAUGCUCUUUCUGAGUUUGAUGGGAAUAAUGAAGCCUCUACAGGACCAAUGCUGCAAUAUGAAUGGCUUAUUGGCUCACAAUACAAACCAAUGGAGUUGGCAAAAUCAGAUUGGGCAACAAUCAGGAAAUCUCCACCAUGGGCAAUUGAUUCUUGGGGUAUAGGCUGUCUCAUCUAUGAGAUUUUUGCCGGUUUGAAACUGGGCAAGACUGAGGAGCUGCGGAAUACAGCUUCAAUACCAAAGUCUCUACUUCCAGAUUAUCAGCGGCUCUUGAGUUCUAUGCCUUCUCGCAGGUUGAAUUCAUCAAAGCUUGUUGAGAACUGUGAGUAUUUUCAGAACAAGUUGGUGGAUACCAUUCAUUUUAUGGAGAUACUUAAUUUGAAGGACAGUGUUGAGAAGGAUACAUUCUUCCGUAAACUACCAACUCUAGCAGAGCAGCUGCCUCGUGAAAUUGUUCUGAAGAAGUUUCUUCCUUUGUUAGCUUCUGCCUUAGAAUUUGGUUCAGCUACUGCACCUGCUUUGACUGCAUUUUUGAAAAUGGGUGCUUGGCUUCCAUCAGAGGAAUUCAACAAAAAGGUCCUACCAACAAUUGUGAAACUUUUUGCUUCCAAUGACCGGGCUAUUCGAGUUGGUCUACUUCAGCAUGUCGACCAAUAUGGGGAAUCAUUUUCGGCCCAAAUUGUUGACGAGCAAGUCUAUCCACACGUUGCUACUGGUUUUUCAGACACUUCUGCCUUUCUGCGAGAAUUGACUCUUAAAUCCAUGCUUGUUCUUGCUCCAAAGCUGUCCCAACGCACUUUAUCUGGGUCACUCUUGAAAUAUCUUUCAAAGCUCCAGGUGGACGAGGAACCAGCAAUCAGAACAAAUACCACAAUACUACUUGGAAAUAUUGCUAGCCACCUUAAUGAAGGGACACGCAAAAGAGUUCUGAUUAAUGCGUUCACUGUUCGUGCUUUGCGUGAUACAUUUCCUCCUGCCCGAGGAGCAGGUAUAAUGGCUCUCAAUGCAACCAGUUCUUAUUAUGAUGCCCAAGAGAUAGCAGCUCGUAUACUGCCAAAUGUUGUUGUACUUACCAUUGAUCCUGACAGUGAUGUUCGAUCAAAGGCCUUUCAAGCAGUUGAACAGUUUUUGCAGAUAGUAAAGCAGUACCAUGAAAAGAAAUAUGUUGGGGAUAGCACUGAGGAGACAGGAUCCGGAAUUUCAUCACUUCCAGGAAACGCAAGUAUACUUGGAUGGGCCAUGAGCUCUUUGACAGCGAAAGGAAAACCUUCUGAACAAACUUCCCAAGCACCUCCAAAAUCCACCUCCCCUCUAGUAUCUGCUGCUUCCAAUGCCAGCUCAGUAUCGAAUACCCCAAGUACAACACUAGUCCGGAGUGCAAGUUCAGGUGCUGACAUGGCUGAUCAAUACAUUGCUGAUGAACCUGCACCUGUGUCACCUACCUCAACUGAUGGGUGGGGUGAACUCGAGAAUGGUAUUCAUGAAGAUCACGAGAGUGAGAAAGAUGGGUGGGAUGAUAUGUUGCCACUGGAUGACCCAAAGCCUUCGCCUGCCCUUACAAACAUUCAAGCAGCUCAAAAGCGGCCUGUCAUGCAGACCAAACCACAAGUUUCAAUUCCGCGGCCAAAAUCUACCUCUCACGUGAGCAAAGAUGCAGAUGAGUUGUGGGGUUCAAUUGCAGCCCCUGCUCCAAAACUGGUUGCAAAGCCUUCGAGUGCACGAUCGAGUGCUGCUUCCCUUGAUAACGAUGAUCCCUGGGCCGCUAUUGCAGCACCUCCACCAACCACCAGGGCCAAGCCUUUAUCAGCUGGGAGAGGCCGAGGAUCCAAACCUGGUGUCCCAAAAUUGGGCGCUCAGAGGAUGAAUCGGGCGUCUUCGAGUGAGAAGUUUUGAAAACAAGAAACUAGAGACUUUAAUCUAGUUUGUUUAUACUUCAAAUUUAUUUGACAUUUAGGUGGAAUAGCUGUAUAUUUGUUGAAAAUAAUCUGUAUCUUUGCACAUUUUUUGUCAUCUAACUUUCAAAUUAAAAACCGAAAGUAUUCAUGUCAGUAAUGGAAAAUUGUGUGCUCGUAGCGAAUC